AUGGUGUUUUCCGACGUCAGUUCUAACGUCCCCAACCAGAUAGAGGCUUUGAAAUCAUUGGUUCGCCUAGCAUAUGGCAGGAAAAUCAUUCUCCCGGCAGUUGUGGACCAAGUCCAUGAGUCGAGGAUGAUUCCGGAAGGGAGAGUCCUGGAUCCUUGUCACCUCGAAGUCUUCCGGCAAGCUUAUAGUUUGUUGGGAGUCCAAGAGCCUACAGAGUUCUCUCUACAUCCUGUGAACUCUCCUGCUGUGUUACUGUUCUGGAGAUGUCUGAUCGCUAUGUUUGACGUCUGUACGCCGUGGAACCACCUUUCGAGGAAGCAGCCGCAACAGCACUGCAUCCCAGAGUCGUCGGCCGAAGCUGAUUUACCUCCAGGUCUGGAAGAGUUCUUCGUUGUGGAUGAAGUCAAUUCCGAUGACGAGGAGACGGCGUUGCCUACCCUUAGCGCGCCCAGCAGCCCUGACGUCAUCGACAGUCAUUUCCACCUUGACAGGACCAGCCGCCAGAUCUGGGGAAAGAGCAGUGGACAUACCGUCGAGGAUUUGCAGGCCUAUAGCUAUUCGGAUGCCGUGGCGGAGACUCCAAGCAUUCCAGUGAAUGUUGUCGGAGGCAUUGUUGUAUAUAGCGAACCCAACACAUACCCCCCUGUGGACUUUGAGUCGCAUGGACUAUGGAGGGUAGCAGUGGGUGUCCAUCCCAAACACUAUGAGACACUCACCGUUGAGCGGAACAUUUGUCUCCAACGUCUGCUGGAUCAUCCCAAGGUAGUGGCUCUAGGAGAGUGUGGCCUAAGCCGGACCAUACCCAUCUCGAGAUGGUCGCGUCAGGAGGAGGUCUUU